AUGAUUCCUGUUUCAUCCACAGUUAUUGAAGCCAAUUCAACACAAUAUGCUACAACUAAAGUCUCUAAAGAUUUGACCACGCCAUUGAAUUCUACAAAAGAAAUGACAGCAAAUAUGUCAGAAGAUCAACACCAUAAUGGUACAACGCCUUAUAACACCACAAUACCUGAAGGGAUGUCUCAACAAAAAUUUAAAACAGAAUCCAAUCCAUCAUUUACUGAUCUGCCAUCAAUAAGUCAGACUUCAAAAGUAAGCCAGCCAAGCAAACCACAAUUAUUAUCGGCAACUGAGUUUUCAACAGAAAGCCACACAACAAUGAUCCAAGAGUCAACAAUAUCUGAGUCUUCAGCCGUAAGCAAAACACAAGUUGCAACACAAGAGUUAUUGACAACUGCACCGACAUUAGAAAGUUGUUCAACCCCAAAACAAGUAUCAACAGCCAUUGUGUCUUUAUCAGAUAUCUAUCCAACAACCACACAACCACUAACAGUAACACAGUCUUCAUCAGAAACUCAGGCAACAUCACAAGGUUCAUCAAUCACCUCUUCACAAUCAGGAACUCAGGUUUCAUCACAGACCCAUUCAACAGAAAAAGAAUUGUCACCAAUAGCAUCGUCCUCAGCAGAAAUGCAUUCAUUCACACAGCCGUCAUCAGUGACUCAGUCGACACAACAAUCCAAACAAACAUCAAUAGUCUUAUCAAUAACUGAGACUUCUUCAGAAACAGAUGCAGCUCAUAAACAACGAUCAUUAACAAUAGAGACGUCAUCAGAAAUGUAUCCUACAGCAACACCAACAUCAGCAGUAGCAAAAUCUUCAUCAGAGACCCAUCUGACAACCACAAAAAUUUCAUCAUUGGAAACGUCCUCAUCACAAAUCCAAUCAACAUCACAAAGUUCAUUGAAAACUGCUUCCACGUUAGAUAUGGGUUCAAAUGCUGCACAGGUAUCAUCAAUAACUGGCUCUUCAACAGAAACAAGUCAAGCAACUGCACAAGUAUCAUUGAUCACAAAUCAUUCAGCUGUAACCCAACAAAGUAACACAGUCUCAUUGUCAAGAGAAGCACCAGCGUCACCAGUAACUGAGACAUCAUCAAUAACACAUUUAAGAACUAAUUUGCCUUUCGAAACUGUGUCAUCAUCAGAAAGCAAUCCAACAAUCACACAAGUAUCGUCAAUAACUAAGACUUCAUCAGAACUAUAUACCUCAACUACACAUGUGUCAGCUGUGACACAGACUUCAUCAGAGAACUAUUCAACUGGAAAAGAAUUGCUAUCAAUAGCAUCGUCCUCAGCUGAAGUGCAUUCAUCUUCACGGCCAUCAUCAGUGACUCCAUCUACACCAGAAUCCAGUCCAUCAACAUCACAGCUCUCAUCAAUAACUGAGCCUUCUUCAGAAUCCCAUGCAGUCCAUACCCAACGCUCACCAAUAACUGAGACAUCAUCAGAAAUGUAUCCUUCAGCAGCACAAACAUCAUCAGUGACAAUGUCUUCAUCAGAGACCCAUCUGACAACCACACAAAUGUCAUCAUUGGCAACAUCCUCAUCUGGAAUCCACUCAAUACAUGCAAGUUCAUUACAUACUACAGCAACACCCAUACCAUCCUCACUGUCUUCAUCAGUUGUCCAUGUAGAAUCUGCACAACAAUCAUCUACUACUUCAACCAAAUAUUCGUCUACUGUUUCACCAAGAUCAUUCUCUUCUGGUUCUACAUCAAAACAAUUGCCAAUUGUUUCUCCCUCUGCUUUUCAUUCCACUACAGAAAUGUUCAGUACAGCAUCCAAAUCUACGUUCACAUCUCUGCAAUCGUCCACUGCAGAAACAAACACCUCAUCUCAUGUCACUUCCAAAUCAGUUACUUUUCAUUCUGAAGAAUCAGCCUUCCCUGUUGUUUCUUCUGCAGGCAGCAAAAAAACAUCUUCUACGCCAAUUUCAGUUUUGCCAAUAGGAAGAACCAGUCCAAACCAAUCACAUUUGACAACUUUCCCAACGGAGGGCUCUCCUUUAAUGCAGUCAACAUCAUAUAAAAAAAGCAGACCCAUUGUUUCUGUUCCUCAAAGGUCCACCAGAUCUACAUCUUAUGGAAAAACUACGUUUCUGACUUUUACUCAUACUCAGCCUGAUAUGACUACUUCCAAACCACUUAUUUCCUCUUCCACUCCCAAGAAGAUAAAACAAACAACUUCAUAUUCAACUGUUGAAACUACCAUAACUAGAAUUGUUCCCAUCACCUCUGCUAAUUUUACAUUGCCAAUUACUUCUCAUCCAAAUCCCACAAACUCUACGAUGGCUACAACCAUAGACUACUGCAGAAAAUGCACAUGCCUAAAUGGAGGAAUGUGUAACUCAAGUGCCACAACAGAAGACCAUUGUGUAUGCCAUUGUCCACCUUUUAUUUAUGGAAAUCUGUGUCAAAAUGGAAACAACAACACCAAUGUUGUGCUAAGUUCAGAUUCACCACAACGGGAAAUCAAUUUGAUCCUUUGGUUAAACAGAACCUGGGAUAUAAAGCUAGAGAACCCCUCA